CAAAUAAACAUGGCAUUCAUUUUCAUGAACACGAUCGUUUCAACAAAGGCUUAACAGAGCUUUGAAAUAUCCAGAUAUUAAAUAUUGAAACAGAAUCCAAACGCAUCCGGUAAAGUGUGAAACCCAACUUCGAACUGCUUCCUGGAAACGCUCGCGAUUCCGUUGACUUGGGCAUCCCUCUCGACUUACUUCAGUGUCAUUUACUGCGCUUUGUGGAUUUUAAAGACAAAAAAUCGGCAGGAGAUCGUGUACGUCAGGACAGACUUCGUCGACGGAAUUGGUUUGAGUAAAGAGUUUUAAAGCGACGCCUGCUUUGCAUUUUAGAAACAGGUCGUGGAAAAAAAAACUGGUCAAACGAGUUAAAACAAGUAGAUAUCAUUCAGCAAUUACUUCCGUGGAACUCGAAUUCAGAGAAGGGAGAUUUACUCCAGACGGAACUCAGUUCAGGAAUGAGAACAGAUUUGUGGCGUCUUGACAUGAUGUUACUGCCCCGGUGAAACUGCUUUUUUUUUGUUGGAGAGGGGGUGCUAAAUACUAAAGGGCUUAAAACAACAAUAGAAACGAAUGAAACGCCCAAGUACAACAGACAAACAACUGCUUUCAAUCGGGACAAGUGGCUCAGAUCAUAUUUAUUUCAGGAAGAACCGAGGCUAGGAUCAACUCCUCUGGCGAUGUUGGCCGCAACGUGCAAUAAAAUCGGCAGCCCGAGCCCGUCUCCGUCCCUAUCGGACAACGCGUCUUUUGGGAAAGGCUUCCACCCUUGGAAAAGGUCCGUCUCCAGCUGCAACAGUGGCUCCAGCCUCUCGGGCUUCGGGGCCAGGAACGGGGCAGGACUGUCCGAUUCUUUCAGUGUCAGCUGCUCUUCGGGAGGAGGCGGCGGCGGCGGAGGAGGCGGCGGCGGAGGGCCAGGGGGCAGCAGCGCCUUCUCGCUCACCUCCAACCCGGCUUCCAGCUCACCUUUUGGGAACGACUACUCGGUGUUUCCGUCGGCGGCGGCCAGCAGCGGCUCUCAGGACGCCGGCCAGCCGGUCUUCAUCUCCAAGGUGCACACCACGGUGGAUACGCUGCCCAACAGCCUGCAGGGCAUCUACCCGCGAGUGGGCAUGGCGCACCCGUACGAGCCCUGGUUCAAGCCGUCGCACCCGGGCAUCGCGGGCGAAGUGGGCGGCGGCGCCAGCGCCUGGUGGGACAUGCACCCGGGCGCGGCGGGCUGGCUCGACGUGCAGAACCCGAACGGGCCGCUCGCCUCGCCUCUGGGCGCCUACAACUCGGACUACCCGGCCCUCGGCCACUCGGCCUUCAGCACGGCGGCGGCUAUCAGCGGAGGCUCAUCUCACCUCCUGGCUGGAGGGCAGCAUCUCAUCGCCCAGGAGGGUUUCAAACCGGUGCUGCCACCGUCCUCGUACCCAGAGCCUGCCCCUUCGCCCCUGGCUAGCAACCCGGCGCUGGCAGCUCCGGGAGGGUUGAGUUCCGCCGCCCGCGGCUCUUCGGCCCGUCGUUACUCGGGCCGGGCGACUUGCGACUGCCCCAACUGCCAGGAAGCCGAGCGCUUGGGUCCAGCCGGGGCUAGCCUGAGGAGGAAAGGUCUGCACAGUUGCCACAUCCCGGGCUGCGGCAAAGUCUACGGGAAAACGUCGCACCUCAAGGCGCACUUGCGCUGGCACACGGGCGAGAGGCCGUUCGUCUGCAACUGGCUGUUCUGCGGGAAGCGCUUCACCCGCUCGGACGAGCUGCAGCGCCACCUCCGUACCCACACCGGAGAGAAGCGCUUCGCCUGCCCGGUCUGCAACAAGCGCUUCAUGCGGAGCGACCACCUCAGCAAACACGUCAAGACCCACCAAGCCAGCGGGCUAGCAGGAACGGGAGGUGGAGGAGGAGGGGGGCCCGGGGCUCCUACUGCAGCCGGAGCAGGAGCCGCUACCGGCGGCAGCAAGAAAGGCAGCGACACCGACAGCGAGCACAGCGUCCCCGGCUCCCCUCGAUGCCCAUCCCCGGCCGAGCUGCUGCAGGCGGCAGCCCAGGGAGGUUCCGCAUCCGCCCUCAACGGCCUCGACUGAAGCUGCAACCCCACACACACACACACACACACAAACGCAAAAAAGUAGGGCUUUAACUUUUCAGGAGAGAUUGACGUGUAAGUACAACUUCAAAACUAAGGGGAGAGCUUUAACAGAGAGGCAGAGAAAUCAACAGAUAAAGCGCACCCGAACUCUGCUUUGCUAGCGUAGGCUGGGCGGCUGAGGACAAAAAAUAAAUAUAUAAGAACCGCAUUUCAAAUUCGCUCCAAGCCCCCAGGAUCCCCAUGUGAUUUUUAUUUUCCUUUUACAAUUUGCUCGCCUGAUUCUGUAAACCCGACUUUCACCCGUUGCAAUGCAGUUUGCACUUUUUUUUCUGCUCACAUCUCUCGAUAUCCAUCUUAAAUUUCCUUUCCAAAUCAAUGGACUACACCAACAUUGGUGAGUUCACACACAGGCCCACGUUGAUCCCACAUAGAAACGUAUAUAUGGCACAGUAUGUUUUUACCUCUGCACAGCCGACUGUUCAUUCGGGCCGCCUUUUUGAAACUGGAAUAUCUUGGUUUCUGCAAACGGGAGGGUUUCUCUCAACGCUUACCUAUUUUCCAAAUAUCUUUUCUUCAGAUCAAACGCACAAUCCUAGUAAAUGCCCAGGGCCAGAGUAUCCGGUUUCUUUUAUAUUUGUCCUCAACCUCCUGAAGAAGUUCAAACACUUGCAGCUGCGAGUGCAAAUUCUGCUUGUGCAGGAGACGAUUUGUAUAUAUAGCAUUUUUUUGCCUGUAAAUUCCUCGACGAGUAUUUCAACAUGUAUAUUAAGGUACUUAUUCCUUUCGUUGUCAAACGAGAAAUAAAAUGACGGACUGAUUUCAAACACGA